CUCGUUAAGUUAGACUUAACUUACCAUAACCUAGGGUAGGCACCCCAAUCCCCCCGCCCCACCUCCUGCCUGCCAUCCGAGCCCAAAUACUAACUUGGACACCACUCUGCACGCUUCGCUCUCCCCCCUCCACCACCCCACUAACACCACCAUUCCUACUACCAUUACCACUACCUUCACCACCACCACCACGACGCAGCUACUACCAUCAUAUUCAUCAACAGUUCCAUAUACACCUGCUUUCGCAGAAAAUCUCGACCUUGGAGCUAGAUAAGCGAAGUGAGGUUACCUUCGCUCGCUUCCGUGGAACAGAGGGACGAAGCAAGUAACCCCUCGUCCCGUGCUGUGCUUCCACCUUUCUAACAUCACUAUAUCCUCAGGGUUCGGUCCUCGCAUUCUAAUCAGUCCUAUCUUUCCCGAAAUUAUACUCAACCCUCCUUGUCCGUCAUACCUACUUCAUUUUUGGCUCUUUUCGUAGCCUUUCUGCCGUAACAAGCCUCUCCAUCCUCGGCCCGUCAAAUUUAUCUGAAAUUAACCCUCAACCGCUUCAACUCCUCAAUAAUUUUCAUCCUUCUCUUAUUCCUUGUUGAAUUAUCUACUUCGACGUAACAAUGGUCGAUGGCGAGAUAGCGUCGCCGACGUGGAAGUUUACACAGUGUUUCGGGGACAAGGGAGAUGUAGAAGAUAUUACUGAGGCCGACAUAAUAUCCACUGUUGAGUUCGAUCAUACUGGCAACUAUCUAGCUACGGGAGAUAAAGGUGGGCGUGUGGUGCUGUUUGAGAGGAAUGAGACAAAAAAAACGUGCGAAUACAAAUUUCACACUGAGUUCCAGUCACAUGAACCAGAGUUCGACUACCUAAAAUCUUUGGAGAUUGAGGAAAAGAUAAACAAGAUCAAGUGGUGCAAGCGUCAAAAUGCUUCUCAUUUUUUGCUCUCUACGAACGACAAGACCAUCAAGUUAUGGAAAGUUUUCGAAAAGUCUCUCAAGCCACCCCCAACCUUUAACAAUUCAUCUGCGCUCCGGCUUCCGCGACUAACGCACCACGAUACCGUGGUGGCAGCAGUCCCCAGGAGGACUUACGCAAAUGCCCACGCUUACCAUAUCAACAGUAUUUCGGUAAAUUCGGAUGGAGAGACUUUCAUUUCUAGCGAUGAUCUACGCAUCAAUCUUUGGAAUCUCAAUAUUCAGGAUCAGAGCUUCAACAUUGUGGAUAUCAAGCCGGCAAAUAUGGAGGAACUAACAGAAGUUGUAACCGCUGCAGAGUUUCACCCACAAUAUUGUAACUGGUUCAUGUACGCCAGUAGCAAGGGGACCAUAAAACUUGCAGAUAUGAGGGAAAGCGCUCUUUGCGACCAGCAUGUGAAAUUGUUCGAGCAGGAAGAAGACCCAACAUCGCGUUCGUUCUUUUCGGAGAUUAUCUCGUCGAUCUCUGACGUCCGAUUUUCCUCCGACGGUCGCUAUAUUCUCUCACGCGACUACUUGACAGUCAAGAUCUGGGAUAUCAAUAUGGAGAACAGACCUGUCAAAACUAUUCCAAUUCAUGAGCAUCUACGGCCUAGGCUUUGCGACACUUAUGAGAAUGAUUCGAUCUUCGACAAGUUCGAGGUUGUGUUUUCAGGCGAUGGGAAUAAUGUAAUGACUGGAUCGUACAACAACAACUUUAUGAUUUACCCUAGCGAUCCCGAGAAGGAAGUUGAGGUUGUCUUGCAGGCGGACAAGAGUGCCUUCAAGGCGAAGAAGGUCGGCGUACCAACUCCCAUCAACGGUGGAAAGAAGGGCGAUGCGGAUCAAAUUGAUUUUAAUAAAAAGAUCCUGCAUAUGAGUUGGCAUCCGUUUGAGGACUCGAUUGCUAUCGCAGCAACAAAUAAUUUGUUUGUCUUUUCAGCACUGUAGAUUGGAUAAAUUCUGAAUUGGGAGGGUUUCAUUCGGUGGAUUUGAGCGUUUUCCGUGUUUCCAUUUGUAUCGAUUGCCAGUAGUCCAUCGUGUGUUUAGAUGACUUUCCUCAACUGAGUAUUUAACUUGCUCGUGGUAGACUUGCUACAAUUGACCCCUUCUUGAUGUUA